GGCCCUUGAGCUCCGCGUCUCCGCCGCUGUCUUCUCCCUCCGGGCCGGAUCGGAUCCGAGCCGGAGCAUGGAACCAGGGCAGCCCCGGGAGGCCCGCGAACCCGGACCAGGGGCAGAGACCGCAGCAGCGCCGCGGUGGGAGGAAGCCAAGACUUUCUAUGACAACCUCUCGCCCAAGAAGAAACCCAAAUCGCCAAAGCCUCAGAAUGCGGUCACCAUCGCCGUGUCCUCCAGAGCCUUGUUCCGAAUGGAUGAGGAACAGAGGAUCUACACAGAGCAGGGCGUAGAGGAGUAUGUGCGAUACCAGCUGGAGCAUGAGAAUGAGCCGUUCAGCCCCGGGCCCGCCUUCCCCUUUGUGAAGGCCCUGGAGGCUGUGAACAAGCAACUCCGGGAGUUGUACCCCGAGAGCGAAGAUAUCUUCGACAUUGUCCUCAUGACCAACAACCAUGCUCAAGUGGGAGUCCGUCUCAUCAACAGUAUCAACCAUUAUGACCUGUUCAUUGAGCGAUUCUGCAUGACAGGUGGGAAUAGCCCCAUCUGCUACCUCAAGGCCUACCACACCAACCUCUACUUGUCAGCUGAUGCCGACAAAGUGCGAGAAGCCAUUGAUGAGGGGAUUGCAGCUGCCACCAUCUUCAGCCCCAGCAGGGACGUGGUUGUGUCCCAGAGUCAGCUCCGCGUAGCCUUCGAUGGGGACGCAGUACUCUUCUCCGAUGAGUCAGAGCGUAUCGUCAAGGCCCAUGGGCUGGACAGAUUCUUUGAGCAUGAGAAGGCCCAUGAGAACAAACCUUUGGCACAGGGCCCCCUAAAGGGCUUCCUGGAAGCACUGGGUAGACUGCAAAAGAAAUUCUACUCCAAGGGCCUGCGGCUGGAGUGCCCGAUUCGCACUUACUUGGUGACAGCACGCAGUGCAGCCAGUUCUGGAGCCAGGGCCCUCAAGACCCUGCGCAGCUGGGGCCUGGAGACGGAUGAGGCCUUAUUCCUAGCUGGAGCACCCAAGGGUCCCCUUCUUGAGAAGAUCCGCCCACACAUCUUCUUUGAUGACCAGAUGUUCCACGUGGCUGGAGCUCAGGAGAUGGGCACCGUGGCUGCCCACGUGCCUUAUGGUGUGGCUCAGAACCCCCGGCGGGCUGCCGCUGCAAAGCAGUCACUAGGUGCACAGUAGCUGAGCCGCCUUGCUCCAGGCCCCCUUGUCCCACUUCUGAAGCUCAUCUGGUGAACUUUUCUGGCUCCUCACUGUCCACUCUCCUGCAUGCCACCCUCAUCCCUCUGUGCCAGGUCCUCUUAAAAAGUUACGAAGACAGAGCCCCAGUCUUAAAAUCCCUCCCACGCAAACACUGCCGUGACCCGGGUUAGGAAAGCAGGAUUCUGCAGGAUAGCCUGGAUGUCAGGGAGGGACAGCGAGUGGUGCAGUCAGAGAAGCCAGGAUGCCAAAGGGCUUGGGAUGAAAAUUACCUCAUGUAGUGCAAAGAACAUUGUGCGAAAGUGGGUAGAUUUAACACCUAAAGCAGACCUGGCAUGAACUGCAUGACCUAAGUCCCUCGUUAUCAUAAGCCUCACUUACUGCCAUCUUUUAGGUGGUUUUCAAUUUGUUCUUUAGCCAAAGAAACUUGGUUUUAUAUGAUUAUGCACUAAAUUAAUCACUGUGCGGGGGCUGCGAGUACCUAUGGCACCUGUGUAGAUUACAAAAGGACAAAGUGAAUGAAUUACAAAACUAAUGGCCCUUCCUCUCUGGCCUGAGCCAAGACAUAGGCUAGAUUCC